AUGAAGUUCUCUGCUGUCACCCUUCUCACCCUUGCCACUGGCAUCCUCGCCGCUCCCGUCGCCGAGGCCAACUACGACGUUUCGUACUCCAGCUACGAGGCUCCCAAGGCCCCCAAGCCUCACUAUGAGAAGCCCAAGCCUAAGCCUCAUCACGAGAAGCCCAAGCACGAGUACCCUGCUCCCAAGCCUCACCAUGAGAAGCCUAAGCCCAAGCCUCACCCCAAGCCUCACUACGAGAAGCCCAAGACACCCAAGUACCAGGCUCCCAAGCCUCACCACGAGAAGCCUAAGCCUAAGCCUCACCCCAAGCCUACUUAUGAGGCUCCCAAGCCUGUGAAGCCCAAGUACACCAAGCCCAAGGCCCCUAAGCCUCACAAGCCUGAAUACACUAAGCCCAAGUACGAGGCUCCCAAGCCUGCUCCCAAGCCUCACAAGCCUGAGUACACCAAGCCUAAGGCCCCCAAGCCUCACCCCAAGCCAGUCUACGAGGCCCCCAAGCCUGCUCCUAAGCCUCACAAGCCCGAGUACACCAAGCCUAAGGCUCCCAAGCCCCACAAGCCUGAGUACACUGCUCCUAAGCCUCACCACGAGAAGCCCAAGCCUGCUCCUAAGCCCGAGUACAAGGCUCCCACCUACCAGGCUCCUCACUACUAG